AUGACGCCACCCGUAGCAACAGACAUUGAUCGCCUUUCCACCCCUGCGUCGGACACACAGAUAGCUACGAUCCAAUCGGAUCGUCUCAGUGUCAAUGGCGUUGCUGCACGAAGAUCCAAGGCACCUGCCCUCGUUGCAGGUACAGCUGCCUUCACGAGCAGUGACAUGUUCAAGAGUCGGGGUUAUGGCAAGCCAAAGUCAAAGCGGUGGGACCAUCGAUUGACGGAUGAGAGCAAGUCACGCAAACCGUCUUCACUGAAAGCUGCAGCACAACAUUUGAAGAUCCCUGGAAUGAUCUCGCUGGGAGGGGGUCUGCCAUCAAGUCAAUACUUUCCAAUUGAGCACAUUGAAGUCAAAGUCCCAUCAGUGCCACAUUUCUCUGAGGAGGAGACGAAAGCCUUCGGUAUCAUCAAAAGAGCCGGGAAGCAUGACAUUGCGGAGGAAAAAAGUAUAUAUGACCUUCAUGUUGCCCUCAACUACGGCCAGGCCACUGGUUCAGCACAAUUACUGAGGUUCAUUACCGAGCACACGGAGAUUGUGCACAGUCCUCCCUAUCAAGACUGGCAAUGCUCGACGACCGUCGGCUCGACAAGUGCACUUGAAUUAGCCUUUCGCAUGUUUGUCAACCGUGGCGACUAUCUCUUAACCGAAUCCUAUACAUUCUCCUCCGCCGCUGAGACCGGCCGUCCCUUGGGCGCAAGGUGGGUAGGCGUUGGCAUGGACACUGAAGGUCUGCUUCCUUCGAGUCUCGAUUCCAUUUUAUCCCAAUGGGAUCCAGCAGUGCACGACAAUAAACCCAAGCCAGGGCUUCUGUACACUGUGCCGUCGGGGCAAAAUCCUACAGCAGCGACGCAAUCUUUCAAGCGACGCAAAGAGAUAUACCGUGUGGCACAGAAGCAUGAUCUCUAUAUCUUAGAGGACGAACCCUACUACUUCCUCCAGAUGCAGCCUUACACUGGACCCAAUGCCCCUGACGUUCCCCCCCUGCAUCCCAUGAAGAGUUCCUUAAAAGCCUAG